AUGUCUAGUAAUCAUAUCUUAAAAUGUUGUAUCGUACAGGAUAUUAAUGAUGAUACUAGCAAUAAUACAGUGAUCUCAACACAAGAUGCAAAAUGUCAGAAUUUUAAAUAUUUGGAAGUUUAUAUUCGUGUUUAUCAAAAAUUAAUUUCGAAACGCCCAUGCAUAAAGGAUGUAUUAAAUUCUAUUGAGUUUUGGUGUUAUCAUAGAAGGCAAACUGAUGUCGUAAUUAGUAACAAUAUUAUCGGAUCUAAUUUAUUCAGGUGCAAUUAUAAAACCAUAAGUAAUAAUAUAAGGUUAUAUGAUAAGAAUGAUCGUUUUGAAAAGAAUGGUUUUCAUAAUUUCGGUUGUUUUGAUGGAACAAUUACAAAUCAACUUGCCAAUUCACAAAAUGCCGGUUACAUUUAUACCUUAAUGAAUUGGAAACCGAAUAAACCUAUUCAUUCGGAAGCUGUUUACAGUAGCCGAACGUUUAGUUAUAAAAGUUUACAAGAUGAGAUUGAUAUUUUGCUAAGUCGGAGAAAAACUUAUGUAAUUACUGCUGAUGCUAAGAUUGUGCAAGUCAUUGAGGGAAAAGAUAAAAAAAGGGAUCAAGUAGUGGUGAGAAUUUACGAAGUCACUCAAAAAAAUGAUUAUGGAAAAGAAGAAUAUGAAGAAGAUAAAAUUGAUGGUCCUCUAAAAUCAUCUAAAGAUAAUGAUCUAGAAAAAAAUCUUUCACGGGAUGAAGAAGUAGUAAAUUUAGUGACACAACUUCAAUGA